CAAAGCCGACCUUCAGGAUGAAGAAACUUUGUACAGCAGCGAAGAGAUAAUCGAAUUAAAAGAAAAGGUCACAAAACUUGAGGAAGAAAAUAAAGCCUCCAAUGAGUCGAUAGAAAAAUUAGAGGAAGAAUUGAGGUUACUCAAUGAAUCAAAAUCUAAACUUGAGGAAGAAGUAGAUAGCCUAAAACAAGAAAAGGAGAAGUGCGAUCGUAAAAUGAAAGAGAUGGAAGAAUUGUUGUUAGAAUUUCCCCCAGGUGAACCGGAUGAUAGCGAUAAACCAAUGUUAUUACCUAAUUCUCAACCAGUAAUUCCUCCACAAAACUUAAUUCAAGAAUUAGAUAACAAACAAAAUAUUAUUGAAGAGUUGGUAGAGAAAUUGAAGAGAACAGAAGAACAAUUAGAAUAUUAUCAAAAAGCUUAUCUUGAAAAAGCUAAGGAAUAUGAGCAAUUAGUUGAGAGAGCACAAGCUGCCACAACAACCCAAGUAAUACCUAAUAAUAUCACUUCUGAAGGAGGUGAAUCUAAUGUUGUGAUUGGCAAUAGUGAUCCAUCAAAUAUUAUUACUGAUGUAUCGCCUAGUAAUGAAAUUAAAGACAUUGCAAGUGACCUUAUGGAUUUCUUUGGUCUUGGUGACAAUCAAGAAAUUUCUGCCAUUGAAAAGCUCAUUGCACAAUUGGAAAGAACCAUUGUUGAAAGAACAAUGCAGAGAGACGCAGCUCAUCAACGAGCAACUGAUGCUGAGACUAAACUUUUGGCAUUAUCCAGAGAAAAAAUGACAUGGGGAAGUGGAUACGAUACAACAGUCAAGCAACUUAAAACACAGGUUCAACAUCUGCAGGAGUUAUUGCAGAUGGAAAGGAAAGCGGCAAGAAAAUCAUUAUCAAACAGCUCUACACAGGAUAAUUUACAAGAAUCGCCAUUACAAACAGAACAUAAUUCAACGAAUGAUCAGUCUCAGGCUACAAAUGAUUCGACGCAUGACUUGAAAGAUCUUCGCAAUCAAAUCGAAUUGUUGCUCGCUGAAAAUAAGAGCUUAAAGACUCAAUUGACUACUUCAGAAGCCAUGCGACAGGCAAUUCACGAGAAUACUUUAACUAUAUUGCAACAAGCCAACAAAUCUUAUGCUACUAGUGAAAACGUAACCGGAAUAAGAAAAUUUGCACUUGAAAAAGAAGCGGAAGUCAGUGUUUGGAAAGGUCGAUGUACUGGGCUGGAGAAUGUAAUUGAAAGGCAACGUGAACUAUUUUCCCAUAUUGUUCCUUCUAUAUCCGGUAAUGCUAUUCCAUUCGGAACUAAAAAUAUGACGAGUGAUAACGGAGAAAUAAAAAAACUUUUUGAGGACGAUGGUAUUGAUGAAAAUAUACUCACAGAUCUCUCCGAGUCUGCAAAGAAGCUGGUUCAACAACUUCGAGAAGAAAACGCGUUAUUACGCAAAGCACACUCAAUAUGUCAACAACCAAUAAGUAAAAAUGAAGAUGUGCCGCCAUUGAUACCGUUUUCAUCAUCUACACCUACAUCAAUCCAGCUUGAUGCACUUGCAUCACAGAUUUCUGAAAUGGAGGUUCGUUUCUUAAAACGCGAAAAGGAAUUGCAGGAUAUCAUUGCUGAAACCAAACGCCAAGGGGAAUUACAGCUAGAACGAUGGAGUAGUGA